AACACUUCAACCCUACCAAAGCAAAACUCUCUAUAUAUCACCCAAACAUCCCUAUGUCUCUUUCUUUCUCUCCAUCACAAACACAAACCCAACAACACCCUUUCUUCUUUCAAACCUUUUAUUUCUUCACCUUAUAUUAUCACAUCUAUUAAUCUUCCACACACAUAUCAUAUUCAUAUAGCCAUAUUUAUUGCAUGGACUGUUGAGAUGUCUCGCACGUGCUCACAGUGCGGGAACAACGGCCACAACUCAAGGACAUGCACCGACGGUGGUGCUGCUGUUUCCGGGGGCUCGUCUCCCCGGGAGAGCGGCUUCAUGCUGUUUGGCGUGCGAGUCACCGAAGGAAUUUCCUCCUUCAGGAAGAGCGCUAGCAUGAACAACCUCUCUCAAUAUGACGCCGAUUCCAACACAGCCGACGCCGGGUACGCCUCCGACGACGUCGUUCACGCCUCCGGUCGCGCGCGCGAGCGCAAGCGAGGUGUUCCUUGGACGGAGGAAGAGCACAGACUGUUCCUGUUAGGGUUGCACAAAGUUGGAAAGGGAGAUUGGAGAGGAAUUUCUAGAAACUUCGUCAAAACUCGCACGCCAACUCAGGUCGCCAGUCACGCUCAGAAGUACUUCCUCCGUCGCCACAACCAGAACCGCCGCCGCCGGAGAUCUAGCCUCUUUGACAUCACUACCGAUACGGUGAUGGAGUCUUCUACUAUAAUGGAAGAAGAACAAGUUCAGCAGGAAACGGCGGCGCUGACUAUCCCCGCAGCAUAUCCGCCGUCGCAUUACGGCGGUUUCCCUGGCGCAGGUUUUCCGAUGAGUCUAUCUCCAGUGGUUUUACCGGCGAGCAGUGAGAGGCUAGCCAAGCCGAUUAGGCCGACGCCGAUUUUGCCGGUCCCACCGUCGUCGAAGAUGGCUAGUUUGAACUUGAAAGAGAAAGCUUCUCCGACUAAUCUCAUAGAGCCUUUACCGUUGUCGUUGAAUCUGCCAUCGCCGACGCCGCGGUCACAGGAUCAGUCACCGGCGAGUAGUGACCACUCAUCGCCGUCGUCGUCAUCAUCGGCUUUUCAGGCGAUUUCUGCUGGGAAGUUCGGCGGCGGUGGGGACAGUAUCAUCAGCGUUGCUUGAAAAGAAGGAAACCUAAAAAAAUUAGCGUCAUUAAGUUACUAUUAAGCAAGUACGGUCGUGGAUAAUUUGAAUAUGUAAAUUAAUUUUACAAAGUCGGAGAUGUAUCCAAGAGGGGGAAAAUUGAAGAUA